UACCGCGAUGCAUCUGACGUUCCCUUAGGUCUUAUUUCCUUUGAUUAACUGUAGUUUAGUCUUGUAGAGUUUUAGUUGCUUGCAGAUAGGAGAAAACAUGAGCCGUCAUUUUCUUCCUGCUUUUUGCCUGGCUUUAGUUUUUCUUCCCUUUUUAAGCACUUCAUGCCCUUCACAAUGCAGCUGCUUCUUCCACAAGUUAAGUGAUGGAUCAAAAGCAAGGAGUGUGCUAUGUAACGACCCAGAGAUCACUGUGAUUCCCCCAAAUUUCCCUUCUGACACAUCAAAGCUACGUAUAGAGAAGACGGCAAUUACGCGCAUCGCAAGCAACAACUUUCACUACCUCAACAGUCUGGAGUUUCUCUGGAUGUCAUUCAAUUCCCUGAACUCACUUAAUGCAGACAGUUUUCGGGGUCUCUACAACCUGGAUGAGCUCCGGCUGGAUGGAAACUCCCUCACUUCCUUCCCCUGGGAAGCUCUGAUCGACAUGCCGAUCCUGAGGCUUCUAGACUUACACAACAACAAGAUAUCCUCCAUCCCGGCCUCGGCCAUCAUGUACAUUAAAAACAUCACCUAUCUGGAUUUAUCCAGCAACAGCCUCACCACACUUCCUGCUGAAGCACUGACAAUGUGGCUGAGCGUGAAGCCUUCCCAAGACUCAGAGUCUUCCAAACUUAUUCUGGGCCUUCAUGAUAACCCAUGGCUGUGUGACUGCAGACUCUAUGACCUCGUCCAGUUUCAGAAGUCCCCAUCAUCAUCCGUGGCACUAAUUGACACCAGGCUGAGGUGCGCCGAUCCUGAAAGCCUGUCUGGAGUUUUCUUUACUGAAGCGGAACUGCAGAGGUGCCAGGCCCCCAGGGUUCACACGGCUGUCGCUCGCGUUCGGAGCUCUCUAGGCAACAACGUCCUGCUGCGCUGCGGAACUGUUGGUGUCCCUAUUCCGGACCUGUCCUGGAGUCGUGCCGAUGGCAAGAAAAUGAAUGGCACAGUUCAGCAAGAGCUUUCAAAGGAAGGCAUCAUUUGGUCAAUCCUGAGUGUCCCUGCAGUCUCCUACAGAGAUUCUGGGAAGUAUGUGUGCAAAGCCACCAACUUUGUGGGUACUGCAGACGCCAUCAUCUCCUUGGUAAUCACCGACUCCAUUCGCUCGGAGGAAGCAGUCAGUGGCGUUUCUAAGAAAGGCAGCAGAAAGAAACCUGGCAGCAUGGGAAGAGCAGCAUACCAGGAAAAACUCAUCGCAAGAUAUGUUCCGCCACCAACAAGUACUGCUGCCCAGCCUAUUAUUGAACCUCUUAAUGGUAAAGGAGUGACUGGGAGGUAUGAAAUUGAGAGCUACAGUGUUUCUGAUGGGAUUUCUCAAGGAACGGCGAAGGGAUCUUUCCCUAAGAAGUCAGGGGAGGUGGGUCAAGAAGGCUUGAGUAACUUGGUGGCUAAUGCAUCGUCCCUGCAGCAACUUCCUGAAAAGAGGGUGGUACGUUCAGUGAAGGUAAUCGGGGACACAGAUCACACUGUCUCUUUAAACUGGCGUGCCCCAACAGCGACCAACACCACUGAAUUCAGUGUACUAUAUGCUGUUUUUGGUGAGAGAGACAUGCGUCGCAUUAAUGUGGGUGCUGGGAAGAACCGUAUCACCAUUGAAGGCCUUGUUCCAAAGACAAAGUACAUUGCAUGCAUUUGCGUCAAAGGCUUGAUUCCGAAAAAGGAGCAGUGUGUAAUCUUCUCAACGGACGAAGCUGCCAGCGCCAGCGGGACUCAGAAGCUCAUUAAUGUGGUGGUGAUAACCGUGGCAUGUGUGAUCGCCGUGCCCCUGACUCUGAUUGUGUGCUGCGGUGCGAUAAAGAAACGCUUACAAAAGAUGCUGGGCAGGCAGACAAAAGACAUGCAGGACUCCUAUGUAACGUUCGAGACUCUUGGUCCUGGAGGCAAAGCUAAAGGGAUGGAAGGUGAAUAUCUGACCAGAUUAAACCCAGAUGAAUCCAACAGGCUCCUCUCGGCGAGGUCUAGUGUUGACUCGGAGGCUAUAGCGAGGACUGAAGGGCCACCUAAUGAGUACUUCUGUUAAAACAGAAAACACACUCGGUCUCAAGAAGACGCACUUUGUUUUAAGGAUGAUGUUUAUUGAAAAGGGGACAGGACUGAUCAGAGUCUCAAGUGGACGUUUUGUUUUGAGAAUUGCCUUUACAGGAACAGACUCAACAAUAAACUUUGACUGGAAGCAGAAAUGGAAAACAAGGUCAAAUAAGUGAUUUUUAACAUAAUAUAUUUAUUUAAAAAUAUCUUUUUUUUUUAUUCUGUUAUGCACCAAUGGAAGUGAUGUUUUUAUCUCUUGAUGCCCUCAACUUUCAAAAACCCAGUUAUCUGUUUUCUUCCUUAAUGUAACUUCUGCUUUGUGUUCAAAUCUAAUAUUAUAAAUCGAAAAGUUUAGAGAACCAACAGUCUCUUUAGUCUGUUUUUUAUGUCAGUAAGAUAAUGUGCCAGAUUGGCUGUUGGCUCAGUUUCCUAAAC